AGCUCUGACGACAGCCCAAGCAACGGCGUGGGUUCGCCGCGGGACUUCUCGGCGGCGGGAAAAGCGCUUCCCGCGUUUUCGAUGGUUGUCGAUCGGAGGUUUCCCGCGUUUCGCGACCCGAGGAGAGGUUGUGGGGAGGGAGAGGUUCUCCCCUUCCCUUCUCUAAUUAGGGCAAAUUCGAAAGUUCCAGGUAAUUUUCCCCCUCGUUCAGAGGAAAAAAAGGAGAGAGAAAGAGAGAAAGGGGGAGGGGGAAAAAAAAUCUCAUUUUUCGGGGCUUCAAUUUGAGCAUCUGUUUCUCAAGAAGGUAAUUCCUCCUCACGCAUAUCGUUAUUUGUGGUUUUGUUGAUGUUGUUGGGGCGAAAAUCGCAAGUUUUGCGAGUGUUGAGACGCUUUUCACUGUUGUUGGUAGGAUUCUAAUUUCAUUGAUUGCUAUUAAUUUGCUCCUCCUGUUGAUGUUCAUCUUUAGGCCAAUUAUGGGUUUUUAUGUUCCCGAUCGAAUUCAUAUUCAAAAUUAUCUGCGUGUUGAUUCAAUUCACACUCAAAUUUUGCUGAUGUAAGAAGAUUAAUUUUUGAAGGAUGUAUAUGGGAGCUUCGAUUCUGCAGGGACAUACACUUAACUAGAUAAUUUUGCAGGUUAUUGGGAAAUACUUCUUUACCUUUCCACCCCCCCCAAUUAUCCAGAUGCCGCGGUUAUGUUGAGAUUCUAGAAUACCUGAUCUCAUUCAUAUUUACAUGGAAAAAGAAUCUCUACAUGCGGAAGCAAACCUCGGACAUGCGGAGGAGAAUUUGGAAGCUGAAGUUCGUAAGGACACCAACGAUCUCUCCAAGCCAGAAAAUGAUAUUGUGCUCAAGCUCGAAAAAGAAGCGUCUUUCUCAUCAUUUUCUUCUUCUUCAGACGCAUCUUCAGAUGAAGAUUUCUUCCAAUUAGACCCUGCCGACCUCAACAGGUCGAUCGCAGAAAAAGACGAGGUUUCUGAUAAGGAAAGUGCUCGAUCAGAAGUACAAAUCAUCGACUUAUCUACUAAAAAUGAUUCAACUACUUCAACUCCAGGAUCAGAUAAUCUUGUCGCAUUAGGAGCGAAGCAAAGCCCUCAGAUUCAAUCGAUGGGGAGAUCGGACGGCCCCGAGCCUAGCAGACUUCCUUCUUCGAUCUUCCGGUCCAAGUCCACAAACCCUGUGGAAUGGAGUGUGACUUCAAAUGAAUCACUAUUCAGUAUCCACAUAGAAAGGUCCGGGGAUCUGACCAAUUACUAUGGCAGCCAUUUGGAUUUUUCGCCGAUUACUCCGCUAGUCGUCACUAAUUCACCACAAGGUCCGAUCCCCCAGCCGGAUUUGAAGCAGCCAGGCACAGCACAGGCGGCGAAUGCGGAGGCAAUGAAGGAUGUCUUGAGAGCAGCUGCAGAGGAGCAUAACGGUAAAAGCAAGCCCGCCGUUGUUGAUAUUCGUCACUCCGACAGUACGUCCGGGUUGUCCGAUGGCAGCGUGCGUUCUUUUGCGUUUCCAAUACUAACAGGGGAAGGAAGAAAUGGGUCUCUGAAGGGCGAGUCUGUACGUCGGCCGGCACAAGAAGAGCAAACGCAGGAUCCUCCUUUACAGAAGCAGCCUUCAAAAGCAGUUCCAGAUGCAGCAGAGCAAAGCUGGUUUUCUUGCUUUUCCAGUUGCCCUUUCUGCCGCUGAAUCUGAGACGCACGUAACAGCAAUUCAAUUUCUGCUCUCCAUGUGUACAUUUCUUGUAGUUAAACAUGUAGGCUGUAGCAUAACUUUUAAUGAGAUGGUGGGAAUUUCUCUUCUUAAUCAAAUUACCAAUGUUAUUAUAUCAGUUGAGUUAUAAUUAUAAAGGCAUUUGUCGUGUUA